CACAUGUCUUCUUCUUCUACUACAGCAACUACCUCCAUCUCCAAGUUCGAUGUCUUCUUGAGCUUCAGAGGACUCGACACUCGCCGCAGCUUCAUCAGUUUCCUCUACAAAGAACUCCUCCGAAGAAACAUCCGCACCUUCAAAGACGACAAGGAGCUCGAAAGCGGCCGGAGGAUCUCGCCGGAGCUUGAACGCGCCAUCGGAGAAUCCAAGUUCGCCGUCGUCGUGAUCUCCUCGAACUACGCAGCCUCCACUUGGUGCCUUCAAGAACUCGUCAAGAUCAUGGAUUUCGAGAAUAAAGGCUUCCUCACCGUGAUCCCCGUCUUCUACGGCGUUGACCCGUGUCACGUGAGGAGACAGAUCGGUGAAGUCGCUAAACAGUUCGAGAAGCACGAGAUGAGAGAAGAUCACGAGAAAGUCCUCUCGUGGAGACAAGCGUUGACUAAUCUCGCGAGUAUCUCCGGCGUUUGCACAUUGAAAUGGGAAGAUGACUCAAUGAUGGUCGAUGAGAUUACUGAGAGAAUAUCAAUUCUCAUUGAUACAAUGAAGACGACAACAACAAGCAAUGGAAGUAACUUAGUGGGGAUUGAUGCGCACAUGAAAGCUCUGUCACGUUUACUAGACCUAAACUCGAAGAAGAGUGUGAGAGUUGUCGGGAUUUGGGCAAGAGGAGGUAACGGUAGAUCAGCUCUUGCUAAAUUCGUGUAUCAGAACAUCUGUCAACACUUUGAAAGCCAUUGUUUCCUUGAUAACGCCAAGAGGAUAUCUCAGGAUCUGCAUCUACGCCGAGAGCUUCUGAAAGGGGUUCAAGUAGAAUCUAACAAGAAGGUUCUUCUUGUGGCUAACGAAGUUAAUAAGCUUGAGCAGUUAGAUGCACUUGCAGAGGAUUUCAACUGUUUUGGUCCGGGGAGUAUAGUUAUCAUCACUACACAAGACAAGCAGCUUCUUGUCUCUGCAGGGAUAAAGCUUGUUUAUGAAGUGGAGCUUCUGAGGUUUCGGAAAGUUCGUGAGUUGUUUAGACAGUUAGGGUUCAGAGUGAGAGAGAGAGCUAUUGACUCUGUUUUGUGUAAGGGAACUAAUCUUGCCGUGAGAUGGUUAGGUUGCCUAGGUGUUAGAUCUGGUUAGGGGAUUAAAGUGUCUUAAGUCGGUUUUUCAUGUAUCAUUAAGUUUAGUAUAUGGCUAAACUUAGUAAGAUGUGGGUUAGAACUAGGAAUGUUUUAUUCUAUUUUUGGAGUGGGUUUGAUGGUGUAUAGAAGAAUUAUUAUUCUUUGAUUUGAUUAUUUAAUACAAAUUCUUU